GCGCUCCAUUCUCUGUGAAGCUGUUGAUACAGAAAAAAAAUAAGACAGAUCAAGGAUAAUGGCAAGAACCAAGCAGACCGCCCGUAAAUCCACCGGAGGAAAGGCUCCCAGGAAGCAGCUGGCCACAAAGGCUGCCCGUAAGAGCGCACCCGCUACCGGCGGUGUGAAGAAGCCUCACCGUUACAGGCCCGGUACCGUGGCUCUGAGGGAGAUCCGCCGCUACCAGAAAUCCACUGAGCUGCUGAUCCGCAAGCUGCCCUUCCAGCGUCUGGUCAGGGAGAUCGCUCAGGACUUCAAGACCGACCUGCGCUUCCAGAGCUCCGCCGUCAUGGCUCUGCAGGAGGCCAGCGAGGCUUACCUGGUCGGGCUCUUCGAGGACACCAACCUGUGCGCCAUCCACGCCAAGAGGGUCACCAUCAUGCCCAAAGACAUCCAGCUGGCCCGCCGCAUCCGCGGAGAGAGGGCUUAGACUCACUCACUCCCCCCGAAACCCCACAACACAACGGCUCUUUUAAGAGCCACCUAUCUCAACUCAAACAGCAUCAUGACCUAAACAAUAUUCGUACUUAAUUUAAAAUUUUUAAUUUCGUGUGAGACAUAUUUCUUAUCUGAUCAUAUCAUGACUUCUUGAAAAAUACAAGACAUAACUUAUUCAUUUUAAACUCAGAAGUAUAAAACCAGAGAUGCAACAAUACAAAGUGUAUGAAAAUGCCAUUUCAAACUCAGUAAAAAAUAACAAGACCAUUGAAUGAAUACAAAUGAACUAACUAUUAAUAACUACUAUAAAAUGAAAACACUGUUAUCAUAAAUGGCUUGUAUUCUGUGUUGUGGUUUAAUCUGAGGUGUUACACAAGGUUUGUUGUGUUUCCACAACUCAAUGGUUUAGUUACUCUGUUCCCAAAUUACUUCCAAUGACUGAAGUGUCGAAAGUAUCUAUAUUUUGAUUCGAGAAUGGAUUUUAGAGCCUUAACACCUGGUACCGGAGGGAUCGAUGUUUCAAUCUCGAUGUGCACAUCUCUACUUGUGACAGUGACAUCUAGUGGUCAUCGGCGGCUACAGCAGACACUCACUUUGAGCAACGUUUAACAAGCCAAGUUGAUUGCAGAGAACCCGUUUCAGUGUUGGACAUAUUGUCAGUUCUGUCCUGCUGUGACCCGGACAUCUCUGGACUUAGACCCAGGGUUUUAAACUUUUUUUCAAAUUACACACAUGAACCAUUCACAGGAGCAAUACGACAUCUGACACUAUUUUCAUUUUGUUGAUGCUUCACUUCACUACUAGAUAAACCACUUGCUGUUAUACCUGUUAUUUUUAACAAAACUAAAUCAAACGGCGCGUAAAUAAAAACAAUAUAUUCU